AGUACUUGCAGGAAGGAUGGGACACAUUAAAACACAAAUUCGACUCCCACCCCAAGCUCGUAAAGAACGUCACUCUGUUUAAUAAUGUUGAAGAACUGAAAAAGACUGUCGCUCGUGAUUUGGUGGACAAAGAAGCCCAUCCUGAAAUAGAAAGGGUUGCAUACGUUAGACAAGGAAAUGAAUUGAGUGAAGAGGAAAUAAAGUUUGUGCAAACCAGAAAGAAAAAGGCAAGGGAAAGUUUUGCAAAAUUUAUCGGCGUUGAUCCGAGUGAAGUGCAUGAAGAUGAUGUUCCCGUGAUUGCUAUUACUGGAAGCGGUGGUGGUAUGAGAUCUAAUAUCGAUACCUUUGGCUAUGUCCGCGGGAUGAAGAAGGCAGGUUUAUGGGACUGCGUCACGUACUUUACUGGUGUCUCUGGAGCUUGUUGGGGCAUAGCAACUUAUUAUACCGUAUCGAACGGUUCCGUUGAUGCUACCAUUGACCAAUUCAAAAGCGCUUAUACCAUUCAUCCAUUCUCCCCUCCCUUUAUUCUAAAUCUUGCUAAAUUGGAAAAUGGACUUGAGUUGACAUUUGGCGCGGUCGAACGAAAAAGACUGAGAAAUUGUCCGACCAAUACGACUGAUAUCUAUGGAGCUGUGUUAGGAGCUUAUUUCUUUAGGAAGGACGGGAAGCUGGAUCCCAAAGAUUUCAAGUUGUCUUUGCAAAAGAGAUUGAUCGAAAACGGGGAUCAUCCUAUGCCGAUUUACGUCGCAGUUCGUCAUGAACGACCGUGGAGAGAUGUCCAAGAAGCACAAGAGAUUGAGAAUGGUCUCGAUGAAGAUCUUGACAAUUUUGAUGAUAAAGAACACGGCAGCAAAAAAGCUUGGUAUCAAUGGGUUGAAUUUACUCCAUUUGAAAUAGGCAAUGAUGAAAUCGCAGCAUAUAUUCCAUCCUGGGCGUUUGGGCGUACCUUUGACAAAGGUCAAAGUGUCGAUAAAGUCCCUGAACAAAAUUUCGGUUUGGAACUGGGCUAUAUGACCAACGCUCAGAGUGCCCCCACGCAGAGAUAUGUCCACUUGGUAGAUCGUGGAUUACCGGCAAACUGGAUCGGAAAAGAAAUACGUCAAGCCUCUACUAAAAUAGGUGAACGUUUAGGCGCACACAGAGUUGACGAGCUUGAAAGUCAUCAUCCUAUUCACACUGGUCGUGAUCCUAAUCCAUUCCAUCUCCUAAUCGGUCCACCAUAUGAGCCUGGUUUCAUAACUGCGGAUUAUAUUCGUCUGCUUGACGCUGGAAUGGACAAUAAUCAUCCAUGGUACAUUCUUACUCGCGCCAAUCGCAACGUAGACGUAAUACUCACCGUUGACGGGAGCAAAGAGACGAUGUACGAUGACUUUUUUGAUCGUAUGGCCAAGCAAUUUCUUUCUCGGCGGGGCAUCCGCUUCACUCCUUUAUCACCCUCGACUCGCCCAUCUAUUCCUCAGACUCUUACGCCCGAAUUGAAAGGUAAACCUGAUGCGAUACAUGAAGCAUUUAAGGAUGCAUACGUUCAAGUGUAUCAAUGUGAACCUGUGGAUGAGCGUGGUGAGAGUGUUAUCCAGGGAAGAGAUAUGAGACUUGUGUACAUGCCCAAUCUACCUUGCAAAAAAUACCCCGAGUUUGAUCCUAUUAAUGAUAAGAUUUGUGGAACUAGUAAUUUUGUGUUCAGUGAGAACGAUAUUGAUACGAUCGUUGGAUGUGCUGAAGCGUGUUGGGAGGAGAGCUUGGAGACAGUGAGAGAGACACUAAGAAGCGUAUGGGAAAGUAAAAAGAAAAAGAGGAUGGGUGGGCAGUAG